UUUUUUAUUAUUUAGAUUUAACUUUAUUAAAUAUUUUAACAGUGAAUUAUUAAAUUUACUGUAUAAAAUUUAUUUGCGUAUAAAGAAACUAAAUUUAUCGCCUUUGUUUGGGGUUUCUAGAUUUUUGAUUUAAAAAUAGUUCAAGCAGAACACUUCCGGAAACGGUAGUGCAAUAACGCCAAUCAAUGGUGUGCGUAGUUUUUUUUUAUAGAAUUAAGUCAAUCUACCUACUCAACACACAAAUGGUGUCUUUCCAACUACCUCUGAUUUCAUAAACAUAAAACUUACAAUCUACCGUCUUAUAAAACGAUAUGCUCAAGCAUUAGAAUUUACUGGAAUAUUAUCGAUUGAGCCACAGCAGGGAGCAGUCGUAGAAGCCAUGUCAUAGUCGCCAGGGGUGAAGGUACCAAGUGCUCGUUCUCCUAUCCUUCAGUAGUUCCUGCGCCAGCCAGCAAGAUGAAUUUCGACGAAAGUUCCAGUGGGUAUGUUACCAAUGAAACCAUCUAUGGAACCCAUGAAGACUCACAUGUCGUGAUGUCAGAAAAAGUUCAGUCUCUGGCUGGCAGCAUUUACCAGGAAUUCGAGAGAAUGAUCGCUAGAUACGACGAGGAUGUAGUAAAGACUCUAAUGCCGUUGCUGGUCAACGUACUGGAAUGCUUGGACUCGGCCUAUCAGACAAACCAGAUGCACGAAGUUGAAUUGGAACUACUGAGGGAGGACAAUGAACAGCUUGUCACCCAAUACGAGCGCGAAAAGUCAGCACGCAAACUUUCGGAACAAAAGCUACUUGAAGCUGAGGAUCACCACGAAGGGGAAAGAAAAGACCUGCAAGGCCGGAUGGAAGCACUCGACAGCAUUGUGAGAAUGCUGGAGCUGAAACAUAAGAACUCUUUGGACCAUGCAAGCAGGUUGGAAGAGCGAGAAAAUGAACUCAAGAAGGAAUAUGCAAAACUUCAUGACCGUUACACUGAUCUAUUCAAAACACAUAUGGACUACAUGGAGCGCACCAAACUUCUUCUCAGCACAGCUAGUGAGCGGAAUGAGGUCCGUGGAAGGCUGGGCCUCAAUCCUGUUGGUAGAUCAAGUGGACCCAUAUCGUUCGGUUUCGCAUCCCUGGAGGGCUCCGUGAAUGUUGUGGAGCAAUCGGAGAGCAUGCCCGGGAGCCCUGUGAGUUUGUCUUCGUCGCCUCCGACGCCGCCACUGGGGUCCGAACUGGCAGCGGUGCGCACAGUGGAGAGGGCCCACCAGACUGACCCCAUCACCCAACAGAGUCAGGCAACCUCUCCUGUCACACCGCAAAAUGCGAACGCGGGCAAAUCGCAAACUAAAAGUGAAAAACGCAGUGCCAACACUUUGUACCAGGAGCUGGCCUUCCAUGACACCGAGAACAUUACCGAAGGCGACGAUGGAGCUGACAUCACAGGGAGUUGGGUGCAUCCCGGCGAAUAUGCUUCCUCCGUUAAUGAUAACUACUUUGGCAUGGGAAAAGAGGUCGAAAAUCUCAUUCUGGAGAACAACGAGCUGCUCGCAACCAAGAACGCGUUAAAUGUAGUCAAAGACGAUCUUAUAGUUAAAGUGGAUGAAUUGACCGCUGAGCAAGAAAUAUUGAGAGAAGAGGUGGCAAGUUUGAGCGCGGCCCGAGAAAAACUAAGGGAGAGAGUGUCACAGCUGGAGGAAGAGUUAAGACAUUUGAAGGAAACAGUGAGCAACAACGCAGGCGGCGGUGAAAAUGAGGAUGAAGCUGACGUGCCCAUGGCUCAGCGUAGAAGGUUCACGCGGGUCGAGAUGGCCCGUGUGUUGAUGGAGAGAAACCAAUAUAAGGAACGUCUGAUAGAGCUACAAGAUGCCGUCCGCUGGACUGAAAUGGUGCGAGCCAGUAGAGUCGACUCUACCAUGGACAAAAAGAACAAGCAGAGUAUUUGGAAGUUUUUUAGCAACCUUUUCAGUACGGGCGAGCGGCCCCAGCGGCCCUUGUCUACACCACACCUCCGCGCGGUGGCGGCGCCGCAACCUGCCAUGCGCCACUCCAGAACCCAAGCGGACUUCAUCGAGACGCAGCUCUCCGACCACCAUCAUCGAAGGCACGAGAGGACCGAGCAAUUUCGACAGGUGCGAGCGCAUGUGAAGAAAGAAGAUGGACGUCUCCAGGCUUACGGGUGGAGUCUACCAGUCAAGGGUCAGAAACCCAGCCCUUGCACUUCCCUCUCGACCUGCGGAGUGCCGGUUCCAGUGCCUGUGUUCUGCAGGCCGCUCGCUGAGAUGGAACCCCGCAUGACACUUCUUUGUGCGGCGGGUGUGAAUCUCACCGGAGGCUGUACCCCCGACGGGGGCUGCAUGGUGGGAGAGAGCGUCUUCUACGAUGACAAACCAGAAAACACCAUGACUUUGGGUGAGUUGCCGACACAGAACGACCCUGUGAGCGAUACGACAGCGCAAUCGGAUGAAAUUGACCAGACGUAUGAGAUGAGCAGGGCGACCGUCCACUCACCGGAGAUCGAAGAAAUUAAUGAGCAACUGCAGUCUACACAAAGUGUCCAACGUACUGAAAAGAAUCUUUCAUCAUUAGUAUGGAUUUGCUCGUGCACGCAGACCAGGGGCGUGGUCAUGAUAAUCGAUGCGAAUAACCCCGCUGUCGUGCUUGAGUCGUUCACCGUUAGCGACAAGCAUAUACUCUGUGUGGCGUCUGUCCCCGGGGCUAUGGCCGAAGACUACCGCGAGUUCGGUGAACGGAUGACCGGAAUCGACCGCAACACCAAAAGGCCUGCUUCAUUGUUCUGCAUGGGCGAAUCAUUCGAGUCCCCGCGAGCCAACGGUAUGCAGGGCGCUGACACCGAACCGGAGGAGAGUAAGGAACCCGUCGUGGGCUCCACCAAAUUGGUAUACUCAACGCUGCUGACGCCUCCAAGUACGCCGGUGAAGGAGCGUUCGCCCCCUGCAGAGGGCGCUGAAACUGCUGACACCACGCUAAAAGUCGGCGACGAUGCGGACUCCAUGCCGCCUGGCAGUCCGCCGCUCAGUUCCACGCCUAACCAUACAAUGCACCGAGAUCGUCCUGCAUCGCCCGAGCCGGGUGUCGAUGCGUUCGCGCAAGAGCAAGAGUCGAAUGCUGAAAACAGUACAGAGAACCAAUCAGAAGCGACACAGGAUCGCAAGAUGUCAACCGUGAUGGCAACCAUGUGGCUUGGCACCAAGAGCGGCAAUCUUUACGUGCACUCCGCUAUGGGAAAUUACAGCAAGUGCCUGGCGAGAUUGAAACUGAAUGAUGCCAUCCUCUCCAUCGUGGCUUGCGCGUCUCGCUGUCUGGUGGCCCUGGCCGACGGAACGGUGGCCAUCUUCGCUCGGCUGGCGGACGGGGAGUGGGAUUUCGGCCAGUACUGGCUACUUACGCUCGGCGACUGCAAGUGUUCUGAUCACGCCUUCCUUGCAGUGCGCUGCCUCUGUGCAGUGGGCAACACUGUAUGGUGCGGGUAUAGGAACAAGGUGCACGUGGUGGACCCGCGCUCGCGCACGUUACUGCACACGCUCGAGGCGCAUCCGCGGCAGGAGAGCCAGGUGCGGCAGAUGACGUGCGACGGAGACGGCGUCUGGGUAUCAAUAAAAAUGGAUUCCACACUUCGAUUGUACCACGCUCAUACGUACCAACACUUGAAAGACGUGGACAUAGAGCCAUACGUCAGUAAGAUGCUGGGAACGGGAAAGCUGGGCUUCUCUCUGGUUCGCAUCACGGCACUGCUGAUCAGCUCCGGAAGGCUUUGGAUCGGGACGAGCAAUGGCGUGGUCAUAUCCGUCCCACUGAGCGAGGGGACGGGGAAAGAAACGGUACCGAGCGUCCCGAGACCCACUACCAGUGGCAACACAUCUGUAGUUCACGCCCGGUCCGCGAGUCCAACCGGGUCGAUCCCGUGGUGCUCAAUGGCACACGCGCAACUCAGUUUCCACGGCCACCGGGACGCUGUCACCUUCUUCGUCGCGGUCCCAGGGGCCCCCGAGGCCCAUCCGCCCCCGCCGUCCCCACAGGCCACCUCGCCAGACUCGCCCAAACUGCGGUUACUUAACCCCAUGCUGGUCAUAUCGGGCGGGGAAGGUUAUAUCGACUUCAGAAUAGCCGACUCCGAGAUGGAGGACAGCGUGGUGAUAGCGGAGGACGGGUCAUCCAGCGGGCACAGUUCGUUGGCGGAGCGCGCUUCCAAGAGCCACCUGAUAGUGUGGCAAGUGGCCACCGCCUAACGCAAGGCCAGCCGGGCCCGCCUCUCUUCCGAGUCGGACUUCGUCUACGUGUGCACGUCGACUAAGCCCGCUGUGCCGGUACACGCGUGAGCUCUCUCCCCCAGUAAAUAGGACGCCGCUUGGAAAUGUAUCGGCUGUAUUCACCAGGUCUAGUUCGGUCACAGUCAACAGCGUGGCUCUUCUAUCAACAACCGUCUUUUACUUUCAUAUCAAACUUUACACUCCCAUAAAGUGCAUAUCAGAAUUAUAUUUUAAUAAAUAUUCGCAAAAAAAAAUUCAAACCUCGCAAUUCAAUUUAAGAUUUUUCUUAAAUGAACUGCAAUAAGUAUUAUUUUGCGUAAAUAACAUUAAAUAUUUUGAAUGAUAAUAAUUGUCUUAUACAUUCCCAAGCGGUCGACAAAACAGGAUAAUGCGGAGAAAUGGUUGUAGUGGUCUAAAUUACAUGAAAAGUUCAAGUUUGGUUGCAUUUGGCAAAUGGAAUUGAUUUCGGUUAAGAGUUGGUCCUUCGUAAUCCAUUACCUGUUCACCUCAUUAUGCACACUGUAUCGUUCUAGCAAGUGUGUUUCACGUCACGCUCACGUCACGUACGGACUUCGGAUGGCAGUGCUCGGCACUCAAAGACUCAUUUAACUUCGCCUAUACAUAUAUCACGAGUGUAAUCGUUGUGCUCCUUUUUGUGUAAUAUUUUUGUUGCUGCAAUUCGUCUACUCUAACACGUUUAUCACUUAGUUUUGGGAAUCGUUUUUUUAUAUUGUUGAAAAAAGAUAAAUAUUGUGCCUUUACAUUCGGUAACCCCUAUGAAAUUCGCACUGCGCCAAUAGAUAAUUUCAGGUAGCUGCUGCUGUACAAAUCUGUUUCGUUGUUCCAUAGGACAGCAGCGCUGAACGCUCGCUGUCCGUGGCACUAACAUGCGCUGACGCAGGGGCACUGUAAAGCACUUUCUAUUGCUAAAUGUGAAAGUGCUUUUAUUUACUGCAUAGAAUUUAGACUUCCCAAAACUAAAGGUAAAAUCCGUGUCGACGUCAUUCGUUUUCUUCAACUAGAGUCUUAGAUUCGUUUUAGUAAUGGUUAGAGUAAGCUCAGCUCCUUAUAUUGCUCACACAAGCGUCAGCGACUGACUCAGUGUUCUAGUAUCUUUUGUUUCGGCUUAAUCUCAUCUUAAUUAAUAAUGUACAAGAUGUAACCACCAAAUAAUAAAUUCAUUUUAGUAGUUGUAAUGUAACAAGAUUUUUAUAUAUUAUAUUAUAAGAGUGUAUCGACUAAGAGCUCACGAAUGAUUUUGGCAAAGGUAAUUGGCAUAAUUUUAAGUGGGUAGUAUCUGUGUGUAGUGUUCGCCUUAUUAUCGACGGCGAUCACGGUUAGAAUGCAUUAAGUAGCAGAUUCUUUGAACAAAUCAUUCGUGAGCUUUCAUUCUAGUAGUUAUAAACAUUUCAUGCGGCUUGACCGCUAUCCAUACGGGCUGUGGUUGUAUCACCGGCAUCACAAUUUUAAUUAUACAACAAUUUACAUUUAAGAUCGUUAUCUUUCCACUUUAACGAGUAUUGUAGCAAUUUAAUCGCUAUUUUCGGUUUAACAGGGCGGACCACGCCAUUAUUUAUUUCAUGAAAUGCGAAUCUCCUACAAAUUUUUCAAUCAUUUCAUCCAGAUCUAUUCUAAGAAAUUUAUUUAUUUUUACACAGCUGUGUAAUCCUUUUUAAAGAAAUUUCAGAAAUGAGCGAUUAACUUUCAUAACUUUAUCGUGCUAGUUAGUACUCGUUGUACUGGGAUUAAAAAUAAAGCUACUUAACUGAGUUUAUUGAAUUCUCGGGGUUAUACCCUGAGAUUAUUGGUUUUAUAUACAAUUCUUGACUAUCCCUGCAGAUCGAAUUCUAACGAUCCUGCUUGUCAGACAAAAUAUUAACAUUACUUAAAUUGCUAAAAAAGAGCCGUCGUGGCAUCAAUCGGUUUAUUUAUUUUAUCCAGUCUGCAUGCAAUGUAUACAUUUUUGAAAAACAUCAGGGUCCACUUGUGCCUCGUUUUUAUUUGGGGAUUGACUAAAUCUUGAUGACAACAACGUUUUUGAAUGUAAAACUGACGAAAUCAUGUUUUGAUCAAGAGCUAGAUUGACGGUAGAUUUGACAAUAUGGCGCAAGUGGUCCUAAAUUGUUUUGUGAUAUUAGACUAAGAGAUGGUGAAUAAUUUCGUUGAAGUGUUUUGGGCUAAAUAUAAUAUAGAUCAUAGAAUGAUCAAGCUUAAAGUGAUUGUUGUGUGGUGCUCUUACACGGGAAGUAUUUCUUCCAAUAACAAAAAUAACUGGACAACUUCUAUGAAUCUAUGCAAGUAUAGGUUUUAAAUCUUACUAAAUUCCUCUAUAUCGUUCCUUAAUAUUGCUAUGACGUCAUAUUAUUUCUUUUGCCCAUAUAAUUAGCACCUCUAGACCAGAUGUUACUUUGCCUUGUUUCUGAAAUGCAAACAACAUGGUAUCCUUUAACAGUGCAACAAGGUUUAACACCAUCAAAACACUUAGCACAAAUUGUUCACUAUCUAUCGUUCUAUUGUGCAAUCAACAUUAUUCUGUAGGCAGAUUUUAAAUUAAAUUCAGUGACAUAUUGUAUGAUAAUAUUAUAUUAGAAUCCAUGAAUAUUACAAUUUGACAGAUACUUUUAUUCCAAUUAAAUGAUGGUUAAGUUAAUAUGGUCCAUGGUGCACUGCUUGUAUUGUACAGUGCUCAUGGAAUAUUGAAAUCUAUUUAAAUAUCUUUCUUUGUUAAUUUAUUAUAGAAUGACUAAAGUUUGUUUCUCGUUAGGUUUCGGAUAAAGUUGACAGACAGAUCUGGGAAAACUUACUAAUGUAGAGUGAAGUUGCUUAAAUUGGACCGCGUCUAAAUCGGAUCUCCUUAAUUUCUACUUAACUACCAUUUAAAAAAAAUGGCCACAUUAUCUUACAGGAGCGCAGCUAUGACAGCUUUUUUUUAAAAUUUGGAUUCAGUAGUUAUUUAUUUUGUUUCCUAAGGGCUGAUUUUUCAAUCGUCAGAUAUCUUUUAACUAUAGAAUAAACUUGUCAUUUUGACAUAAUUCCCAUAUUAAAACUGUCAAUGUGCCAAAGUUAUUCUUCAGUUUAAAGUUAUCCGACGAUUGAAAAAUCGGCCCUAAGUUGAAUACAUAACAAAAUAUAUAAACUUUGAGGUUCUAUAAUUUUUCAAAAAUUUAUGUUAUUUGAGCUAAUAAGGGGAUAAAUAUUGUCAACUUUACCCUAUAAAGUAACUGACUGCAAUCCUUGUUAUAAUCGAAAAACAUCUAGAAUAUCCCCACUUUACAUAAUGUGAUCAUAUUAUACCGAAAACCAAAAUUUUCGUGGUACUCUGGUAAUUUGCUUGUCAACUUUAUACCGCACCUGAAGAAAAACAUACUGUAGACGACGUCGCCAAGACGCAUCGAUGUAAAUGAUUUAUAAUUUACUAUAAUAAGGAUACCAUUCGCAAAGACUUAUAAUUUCCUGUAGAAAGAUUCGUAGUUGAUAUCUAUUUAUCCAUGGCAUGUUAAUGUAAUAACGGAUUCGUAAGUAACUAUGCGUGACGUCAUGCUGAGAAAUUACACCUUUGCAUUCAAAAUCAAAUCAAAAAUAUUUUAUUCAAUUUAGACCACUGGUGGCACAUAAGAUUAAUAAACCAAAACCCAACCAUGUACCCAACGCAAUGUAGUUUAUUUUGAGACUCGUAGCGUGAGGGUACACGUUAACCCUUAAAAAUAUGUAUGUAUUGCAGUGAGGCAUAUUGGGUUACCCUUUAAUUUACGUCUUUAAUUUUCUUUUGAUCUCGUCCAAAUUUUCUGUCAUUAAAAUGCAAGAAACCGUUACAAAUACAAGCGAAAGAAAAUCGUUAUUUUCCUCGUUUUUCGAGGUUCUAGAAGCACGAAAGAACGGCCACGCACCAGCCUCAAAUGGAUACUAUGCUCGCCAAAAUGGAGGCGGAGCGGAGCACGCGCUGUUGACGCCACCUACAGCACCGAGGUGGUCAUCGACAAUCUCCACAACAUGAUCGCCGAACAACGGCGGUGCGUGCGCGAGGUGUCUUCCUCCAGCGUAUUCACGUCAAUGUGCUAGGCCAGUGGCUCGCCACUCGCCGCUUGAGCGCCACCUGCAGCACGCCUAUCGCCCGCGGCUAACGGCGUCGGCGGCUGCCACCGAACAUAUAAAAAUUUAGUUACCCACUUAACAACUUCAUACGUGUAAAUCAGCCUUUAUAUUAUUCUAUUUGAACUGACAUUUGCGCUGUUAUUUAAUCAAAUAUUUUCUCAUUAAUUUCUUGUGCUAACUUUUGGUCUAGUUUCCACGGAUCAAAAUAGCAACCCGUGAUCGUGGAUUAGGAUCGCAUUUUGAACUUGUUUGCGUUGAAUGAUCUGGUGUAAUUAAGAUGUGUGAUGUCACUCAUAGAUUACUAAUAUUUAUGUGUAAGUAGAAAUAGUCGGGAGGGAUAACGUAUAUAAGGUGUUAUUUUUUGUACUGAUCAUACUUUACCAACGCAUCUAAUAAAAUCAUACAAAUACAACCCAAGUGUUUUUAAAAAAAAAUUCAGGCUAGUUUUUGUUUUUACUUUUCCUAACAAAAAAAAGAUAUUAUUUUUACAACCAUCCUGUCUUCACUCACUGCCUCUCUCUCUUUCUUUACUCAUUUCAUUCAUACGAGUACGAACAAUGGCCGCGCGCAUUCAUUCAACGUUCACACACAUAAAGGUUAGAUUACACUAAACCUACGUUACCAAAAAUUAUCACUCGUGAGUAUGUACGAUGUUACGUCAUGUUAAUAGGUACUACGCGCUGGGAGAAACAAAAUCUAGCUACAUAAGUAGGUAAAUAAGUGUAUUUUCAUUAGUGUAAUAGCGGGGGACUUUUCCAACGAACCGAGGCGAAUCAUCCGCGUUAAACUAGAAAUUUAGAAAAGGAUAGAAAUUGGAAUUCAAUAUCUACGGUUUCGUAAUGCCUACGCAAUUUAUUUAGAGACGUAAUAAAAAAUUGAUAGGUAGGUACAUACCUAUCACUACUUCGCUUCGCGUCAGUGGAAAUGCACCCUAAUAUUGAAUAUGAUUAUGUGUUGUAAAUAAAACUCACUGAUCAAUUUUCCUGGUUUUAAUUCCUAAAUUAUGAUUUGCCAUCACACUUUAGAUUCAUUGAUUUUACUUAUUCACACAUUUACCUAUUUUGAAUGUUGUUAUUUAAAGUUCCUAGGUUAUUAUUACACUAAUCACAAUACAUUUUGAACGUCAAGCCUUUGUUGAAUGUUCACGUAAACACUGUCUUGCACUGUCUAAUCUAGCCACGAUCGAAUUGAGGUAAUGCUUUCGGGCUGCACACUUGCUUGCUGUUCACUAGACACCACGUCGGAUGUUGUAUUCACAAUUCGCGCACUAACUUUUUUACGGAAAAAGUCCCUUUCGCUUAAACAAGCACUCAUCUGUCCAAAUCACACUGUAGGUAUGUACCUAGGUAGACUUCCGCAAUAACCAUCGAUAGAACUAGGUCGCGGUCGUGGCCCUUUGGCAACAACUCCUUGAUAAGGCAUUCCGUAUUUUUACGCAAAAGCCGCCGUCUGCGGCGCUCGCAUCUGGGUACCGCCAGCACUGUGCCGGUGAUUGAAAUUGAAAUCCAGAACUUCGUCCUCGAAGCGCACGGAAUCUCGUCAAGUCAGGAUACGGCUGCGCUCCCUGAAGCGCUGCGCGGCUCCAAACAAGCAAUGAAGGUUUUCGACUCGUCAAUGUUUCUCGUCGGCCAGUUAGUGUGCCCGAAACAUAAUUUCACCUGCGUUUUGUUAUUGAUCAAGCGCGGCAUUGUAAUAAAUCACACAUACACUGCAAUACGUUUGGGCGCAUUGGACGGACUGGGACGAUUAUUUAUGUUGUUGCGCUCCCGCAUGCCGAUCGGCGGCUCGGCGCGGGCUGUGGGCGCGGAGCGACUGGCAUGGCAGCGAGCGAUAUCAAUAUGGCCGACUCACGCGGCGCGGCACGUGGCAGGUCGUUGCCCUCGGCCGGCUACUACGAUAGUGCGUACAAACGAAUACUCACCGCGCUCAAAGGAUGAUUUAUUUUUUAUUUUUUUCGAAACAUUCUUUGUCGUUUUACUCGAAAACUAGCCUGAAUUUUUUUUUAAAAACACUUGGGUUGUAUUUGUAUGAUUUUAUUAGAUGCGUUGGUAAAGUAUGAUCAGUACAAAAAAUAACACCUUAUAUAGUUUAUUUAUUAUUUAUAGUGCUUGCAAUAUUUUACCAGGCGGCAGGACUGCCUGUUUGCAUAAUAUUUAUUUAAAUUUCUUCAUAAUAUAUUCAUGGAAGAAUCAAACUGCUUCUUAGUUUUAUAAAUUAUCCCUCUUGGCCAGAAUACGAGUGUCAUAAUAAUAUUGUUUAUCGUACUUGUUAAAGUGUAAAUAAAUAAUGUAAUAUGAGCCUAUUUUUUAGAUUUUCACGUUAUUUUCGCAUGGUCUAAGAUGCACUAGCAGCUAUAAUCUCCCAGUUGGCGGUCAAAUAAGAUUGUUUCCUCUUGCUACCAAAAGUACAAAGGAAAGAAUAGUACCUGCUGCAAUCACGUUAAUGGAUUAAUCGCUAUCGGUAGUGUAAUAUAGUAUAAAUAGAUAUUAGUGCUAAGUAAAUUAUACAUAACCGGCGGAGGCUGUUAUUGGAUCUUAGGCCACUUUUCUUUUAAUGUGUUAACUUUCUUUUAAAGUGUUUUGCGUUUUAGUUGUAAAAUAAUCAUUAUUUAUUUAAUUUUAAUUAUUGAAAACCUAAGAAAUAGGCAAUUUUAUUGGUCAGUUUAUUAAUCUCUUAUCAAAUAACUAAUGGUGCAAACAUAAUUUAAGUGGACAUUUAUUUAAUUUUAGUGUUCAUCAUGUUUUUUUUUAUCUAAUUGUGUAUUUAUAUAUUAUAUGAGGGAACGACGUAGUGUAUCUAUAUUUCAUAAUCGCUAAGUUUUAUCGAGUUUGUUGUGACUUAAUUACUGUCCUCAUGUAUUAUAGAGGAGUGUGCAAUGAACAUUUAAGUUUUGAGUUGACCCAUGUUUAUUAGGUGUUAGCGAAAAGCCUUGAGGCGACGUUGGUUGUGAGGCGCACUUAUAUAGCCAUUUGUAUCGCGCUUGCAACAGAAUGUAUAGUCGGCUUCAGGACCAGCGUCGCCUGCAUAUCCUAGUCAGAAUAAAACGACGUAGCGAUGUAAAGUUAGCUAGGUUAUGCUCUUUUGCUAAAUAGAUAUAAUGCAAGAUAUGUCUAAAGAUCGCCUUCUCACUGAGCUGCGUUAGGCCUUGCUGCGUGUGUGAGAUAUUUACAGCCCGCCUAGAAAAAAUAACAUUCGUGACAGUUUUAAUCUUGAAAUCGCUUCAAUGAGCGAAAUAGCUACAUGAAAAAACGCCAGAGCAAAGCGAUUUCAGAAUUGCAACUGUCACGUAUUGUAACUUGUCUAUGGGGGCAGGGCGAUUCUAAGAGUGGUUUGGAAGCCAAUACGUAAAGCAAAUUCCAUCGCUCAAAACAAGUCUAAGCCUUAAACAAUUAUGACAGGGACGUUCUGGACUUAAAGCCAUUUUUAUGAUUGCCCUAGUACUUAUAUUGUGUGAAUCGACAAUGUGUAAAAAUUACAAGUGCUUGAAAAUUAUAGUAUUCAAAAUUUAUUACAUUUAACAAGCUAGAAUUACAAAUUCAACUUAAAUUGUGUUAAUGAUAUUCUCAAUGUAUUUUUUAAAUUAAAUUAAUUAACUUUACAUAUUUUAAAUUAUCUUAUCUUACCUUUUCGUUUUUGAAAAUCUCAAAUAUACACUUUGAUUUCUAUUCUAUUGAGAUUUUCGUGUGGAUUUUAUUUAUUUUGAGGAUUUUUAUUUAUAUUUUUUAAUUAAUAUGAUUUAGGCAAGGUUUUAUGUACCUAUAUAGUUUCAUCUUUUUGAACAUACAAUAAAAAUAUAAUGACAUGACAUCA